GGUGUUCGGGUGAUUGGGGAUGUGGGUUUCUUAUUAGAAUGAAGCUUUUAUCUUUUAAUGUCAAGGGUUUGGGGGGACCAUUGAAGAAGAAAGAAGUGGGGAAACUGGUAAAAGUGGAAAAACCAAAUUUCUUAUUCUUGCAGGAGACCAAAUUAGAGGAGAUUGAUGGUAAUUUAUGUAGAAGAUUGUGGAAUUCAGAUGGCUUCGAUUGGGUUAUGAAGGGGUCAACGGGAGCAUCGAGAGGUCUGUUUUGUGUUAGGGACAAGUUGAAUUUUGAGAAGGGGGAAGUUUUUAUGGGUGACGGCUUCUUGGGUGUUUCAGGGGAAUGGGGUACAAAGAAGUUGCAAUGUUAUUUUGUGAAAUGAUAGAAGGAAGAAGGUUGAGUUGUGGGAGGAGAUGCGGACACUAAUUCUAGAGAAGGGAGGACGAUGGUUGAUUGCAAGUGAUUUCAAUGCCGUAAGAUGUCUUGAAGAAAAGAGGGGAAGAAUAGGGGAGAAUCCAGAGAUGAGCGAUUUUAAUGCUUUUAUUGAGACAACUAGGCUAAUUGACAUUAGAUUGGCAAAUCGAUGGUUUACAUGGUAUAGAUCAGAUGGUUCUUCUAUGAGCAGGUUAGAUAGAGUAUUGAUGACUGAAGAGAUGUUUACUAUGGGAGGUGAAUGGGUGCAGCAAAGGCUGAGAAGAACUAUAUCGGAUCAUUGUGACAUACUUAUGAAGACAAAAAUCAUAGACUGGGGGCCAAAACCGUUUAGGGUUUUGGAUGCUUGGUAGCAGCAUCCUGAUUUCAAGAAAACAGUAGAAGAUAAGUGGAAUGAAUCAGAGAUGGAUGCGUUUGUAGGGCAUAGAUGUAAGCAGAAACUAAAACUGUUGAAAGUGUUUUUGAAAGGCUAGAAUCAAGAAGUGUUUGGGGAUAUGGAAGUUCUUUGGGUGCAAGUGUUGCACUGGUGGGGUAUUGAGGAUGUGUUAUCAAAUACAAUAAAAGGAGUUGCAGAGUUCUUUCUACAUGGUUUGGGUAAGAUUAUAGGGAAGUAAAUGGGAGCAUGUAUUUUCCUUGCUGUUUCUUGGUAUCUUUGGUACCAUAGGAAUAUGGGAGUUUUUAAGCAUCUUGUGAGUUUUAGGGAAAGGGUGGUGGAUAUGGUGCAAGCCAAGACCUUUUUCUAGAUUAAAACUAAGAUGCAAAGAUGUGUUUUUUCCUUUUCUGAGUGGUAGAAUAAUCCAAUACAAGUUGCUAUAGAAGUAAGAAGGCAUAAAAGGCUAUUGAAGACAUUCUAUAAGCAUAAAUUGUGGGUGGCAUGAAUUGGAUUCUUGGUAGAAAGUUUUUGUUUGUUAGUUUUGCAAUUUCUUUAUAAUGGUAUUGGCUGUUGGGCGUGUUGUCUGAUCAUGCUUUCUUCCUUUGUAUAUGGGUUGGAGUACCCUUGUACUCCUUAAAAUAAUAUGUAAUAUUUCCU